AUGCCUGGCAACACCAACUUCUUUUUACCGCCAAAUGCCCCUCCCUCCAGUCCUUUUGACACAAAGCAGCUCCAAACUGUCAUUCAAGUCUGCGAGACGUCAAACCGUGAACAACAACUCAAUGACCACCAAUUCACGCAACUGCAAACUCUCACAGAGAUUGCAGAGUCAACAUCGUCACCAGCAAUAGAUCCAGGUGCUGUCCCCGAGAAGCGUAGCUCAGGCAGGGAUUCGACCAGAGCAUCACAGUCUCAUACGCCAUCACGCUCCCAACGUCGCAGCAAAAAUGUGCCACAAAACAUUCACGACCAUGUUACAUCGGCAGUAAAACGUUGUGAUUUAUGCGGCGUGACAGAAACACCGCGCUGGCGAGGGCUUCUGUGCAACGUCUGUGGACUUGUACAGACAAAGAGAAUCGCUCGCAAGAAUCUCACAGUCAGUCGAGAGUCUGCUUCUACUAUGGGUAGCAGCCAUUGA